AUUUUUAUCGCUUAAAAUAUUAUUAGAAAAAAACUAAGUUCUAUUAAUGUCUGAACUUAUAUUACAAUCUGAACGUGGUUUUCAGAAACAACCACAUAUUUUUUUAAAUACAAAAGCUUCAUUAAAUAAAAAAUUUGGGAAAACUCGAAGAUGGUAUAAAGAUGUUGGUCUUGGGUUUAAAACACCAAAAGAAGCUAUUAAAGGGGAAUAUAUUGAUAAGAAAUGCCCUUUUGUUGGAAAUGUUUCUAUUCGUGGACGUAUUCUUACUGGAACAGUAGUUUCUACUAAAAUGACACGAACUAUUAUUGUUCGAAGAGAAUAUCUUCAUUAUAUUCCUAAAUAUAAUCGUUAUGAGAAGCGUCAUAAAAAUUUUUCAGCACAUUUAUCUCCGGCAUUUCGUGUAAAUGAAGGGGACAUUGUUACUGUAGGUCAAUGUCGACCUCUUUCAAAGACUGUUCGUUUUAAUGUUUUACGAGUCGAAAGACAUAGUGAAUUAGAUUCUGCAAAACAAUUUGGAAAAUUUUGAAUAAUUUAAUAUAUUGUAUAGUGGGAAAAUAUAUUGUAUACUAGGA